CCCGUGCCCGGUCCUGGUUCGCUCUGCGUCAUAGGGGCUCAGGAAAUUGCUCGUUGGCCGCGGCGCCUUGGCCGUCUUGCCCCCGGAGAGCAUCUUGGGAUCGCAGGCACCGACGCACGUGCCGUCGCGGGUGACGGUCUCGUACUUCUUGGGCUCUCGGCCGCAGCUGCCCCACUCCGGCAGCCCGUCGUCCUCGAGGGCGGCUUCUUUGUUCACCAGGACGUUGACGAACGUGGCGGCGUCGCUCUUGGACCCGUUGGUCAGCACCAUGCUGAGCGCCUCGUUGUUGGGGACGAGGACGCUGCUGCGGACGUCACCAGCAGCGCGCUCAUGGCCGCUGGUGCUCUCCUCGCCGUCGCUGUCGCUGCUGUCGCUGGCGCUGUCGCUGCUGUACUGCUGCGUCUCGUCUGUCUUGGCGGGCUCGGGCACGCGCACCAGCUCGCAGAUCCGGUAGUCGACGACGCCCCUGACGAGUCGCCGGCACAGCCUGCACCGGAUGUCCCAGGCAUACACGGAGCACAUGACGAAUUAUUACGCGUGGCACCGGUGAGUCAAGUUCUCUUUUGUGAGUCCUCGAUUGUUCGGGACUUUUUUUCUUUUGUUUCUCCCGCUCUCUUUCUGAGGCAGCGAUGGCGACUGCAAGCUGGGAGGCGGGCCGAGGGGGGGAGGGAUCUUCGACGAACAACCGCGUGCUUGGCCGUCUCACUUUAUCAGUUGCCUGCAGCCUCACGAUGGGCUGCUUUUCAGCCCGGGCCGGCGAAGGGUUCGUUGUCGUGUUUCAGUGGCUUGGCGUGUCAUUGGCGGCCAGACCAGACCAGACCAGCCCAAGUUGUCGACCUCGCUGCGAUUACGUAACCUACACUGGGCAGACCCGCACAACGACUUUUUUCGGUCAAUUCGAAGGGCAGCCAAUGGGUUGGUUCGUUUGCUGAAUCUAAAUUAAAUUACAGAAAUCUAAAUUCAAGUUCUCUGAGAAAGAAAAAGAAAACUUUGCGGUGCACUCGUGCACUACGGUCGUGAU